ACCAUUCACCGAUUUCUAUCCAAGAAACAAAUCGGCAUCGAAGGAAAAUCCAAACAGUCUCGUCCAAUAAUCCAUCAUCAGAAAGGGAAAAAAUGGAUUUCAGAAUUGUGGGUUUAGAUGAUUCUCCGUUAUUCAACACUCUCCAACACAUGAUGGAUCUUUCCGAGGACACGGAGAAGAUACCCAACGCGCCAUCGAAGGUUUACGUGCGUGAUGCCAAGGCCAUGGCUGCAACUCCGGCGGAUAUUAAAGAGUACCCCAAGUCUUACGCGUUCAUCGUCGACAUGCCGGGACUGAAAUCAGGGGACAUCAAGGUGCAAGUGGAGGACGACAAUGUGCUGUUGAUCAGCGGAGAGAGGAAGCGAGAGGAGGAGAAAGAAGGAGCCAAGUAUAUAAGGAUGGAGAGGCGGGUGGGCAAGUUUAUGAGGAAAUUUACGCUGCCUGAGAAUGCUAAUACUGAUGCUAUCUCUGCAGUUUGUCAAGACGGGGUUUAACCGUGACCGUGGAAACUGCCGCCCCCUGAGCCUAAGAAACCCAAGACCAUCGAGGUCAAAAUAGCUUGGGAGUUUCAGAAUUACGGUCAUUGCUAAUGUAGGUUCCUUUAAAUAAGAUGGCGGUUGUCGCCCUGUGAAUUGUUGUACUGUUUGCUUUUGAAUGUGUUGCCCGAGCUCUCUUUGUUGUGCCGUAGAAAUCAUGAAAUGCAGAUGUUAAUUACUAGUGCUUUCUUGUA